CUCCCUGCAGGGAGAAAAGGUUGGUAAAGCUCAGCCUCAGUCUACCAAACAGGCAUCGAGAGCUCAGAUCUUAGACAAAGCUACAGAGUACAUCCAGUACAUGAGGCGAAAAAACCACACGCACCAGCAGGAUAUCGACGACCUGAAGAGACAGAACGCACUGCUGGAGCAGCAAGUCCGUGCUCUGGAGAAAGUGAAGGGCUCUACGCAGCUUCAGACCAGCUACUCGUCGUCUGASAGCAGCCUGUACACCAACCCCAAAGGCAGCGCCGUGUCCGCCUUCGACGGCGGCUCCGACUCCAGCUCCGAGUCCGAGACGGAGGAGCCGCCCACCAGGAAGAAGCUGCGCAUGGAGGCCAGCUAGAGCGUCGACCGGCCCAAACCGGGCCACGGGUGGGUCGGCGGGGCGCGAGGACGGGCGAGAGGAACUCAUCGCCCAAAGCUCUGGAUAAGACCUCCACCCCCAACCCCCCCACCAUACAUCUCCUCCGUCGUCUUGUUCCCUCCGUCUCCUGCUGGGCUCGUACGCCACGAAACCUCACGCUGCAGAUCUCCGUCAGCGGAGGGGAGGAGGCAAACAUGGAGGAGGACCACCUCGGUCCAUCCAGAGAGCUUCAGGUUUCCCCAGACCUCCCUCCUCUCUCAGUUUGUUUACCAUCACCUGCCCCCCUCCCCCUCCUGUUAGCAACAACUACAAUCCAAAACAAAAAGAGGCAGCUUGGUUCCUAAAGACUUGAUGCUUUUUUUCUACCCGCAGUYAAGCCCCCCAUCCUCCUCAGGUUGAUGUUUGGGGCAGGAGGAAGAGGCGGGUGUACUCCUCCAAGCACUGCUUUCUAAAAUAUUUUUGUUAUUGUUAAAUAAAACAAACUGUUUAGACUUUACA